CGAACUCCUUCAGCCCACUUUCAGGUCUUCCUGGUCUGGUCGCAGCCCUGGUAGCUGGGAAACCAUGGACAUUGAAGCAUACUUUGAAAGAAUUGGUUAUCAGAACUCCAGGAAUAAACUAGACUUGAAGACAUUAACUGCAAUCCUUCAGCACCAGAUACGAGCCAUUCCUUUUGAGAACUUGAACAUCCAUUGUGGGGAAUCUAUGGAGCUGAACUUAGACACCAUCUUUGAUCAAAUUGUGAGGAAGAAGCGGGGUGGUUGGUGUCUCCAGGUCAAUCAUCUGCUGUACUGGGCACUGACCAAAAUGGGCUUUGAAACCACAAUGUUGGGAGGAUAUGUCUUUAACACUGCAGCCAAUAAGUACAGCAGUGGUAUGAUUCACCUGCUAGUACAGGUGACCAUUGGCGACAAGGACUACAUUGUCGAUGCUGGGUUUGGACGUUCCUAUCAGAUGUGGGAGCCUAUGGAAUUAACAUCAGGGAAGGAUCAUCCUCAGGUGCCUGCCAUCUUCAUUUUGACAGAAGAGAACGGAAUCUGGUACUUGGACCAAAUCAGAAGAGAGCAGUACAUUCCAAACAAAGAAUUUGUUAACUCAGACCUCCUUGAGAAGAAUAAAUAUCGAAAAAUUUAUUCUUUUACUCUUGAGCCUCGUACCAUUGAGGAUUUUGAGUCCACGAAUACCUACCUUCAGACAUCACCAGCGUCUGUGUUUACAAGCAAAUCUUUUUGUUCCUUGCAGACACCAGAAGGGGUUCACUGCUUGGUUGGCUCCACCCUGACCUAUAGGAGAUUUAAUUAUAAGGACAGUAUAGAUCUGGUAGAGUUUAAGAGUCUGACUGAGGAAGAAAUAGAAGAUGUACUGAAAACUAUAUUUGGUGUUUCUUUAGAGAAAAAACUUGUGCCCAAGCAUGGUGAUCGAUUUUUUACCAUUUAGAACAAGUGGCAGUAAAAGUUUUGGUGUCCCUCAAUGUUCUUGGACAAUUUAUGAUAAAAUGCUCAAACAGGUGGACAGUAUACAUAAUCAUGUGAGCUUUUUUGUAUUUAUCUCCCAGCCUAGUAAUUUGUUGAAUCUUUCUACUCCUAUAAUUUAUGGAAGAAACCAGUAGACAUUUUACCUAUAAAACAUCAGCACUUCUGGUUAAAUGACUUCUGAAUGAAACAUUCAAAGAGUACCUUACUGAUGACAUGGGCAUACUGGUAACCAUGCUGAUGUGUACUAGGACAUACCCAAUGCUGUUUUACAGCUAAAUUCAUAUAGAAUCUGUGCUAACGGCUGAGUAAAAGGAAUAACAAGCUAAGCAUUGCCAUUAAAGUCAACCAGCAUGUAUCUGCUAUGAGAUACAUGAGAUAGCACCUGUAUGAUUCAGGAUUUGGAUUCAGCAAAGAAGAAUGGGAGGUUAUGUUGGUUCCAAAUAAUUACAUAAUUUUCAAUAUAUGACUUACAGCAACACCUAGGGAUAUAGGAUUAGGACCCAAGAGAACCAGCCACACAGCUAAUGAUUGCUUUCUGUGUUGUUUUCAUAUCUACUUCUGUUAAUACUGUUUUUCUUACUGUGGGAACAAACACCAAUUUAGAAAUUUGAGCUUUUAGAUUUUAAGAAUGUAUGUCUAAAAUAAUUAAUAUAAAUGAAGAAAUAUGCUUCCCAAACUCAUUUUUAAAGAGGUAUAUUAAAACAUAGUUGACUAAUACAGGUUUUAUCUGGAGGAGUCAGGGUGUAAUGGGAUUGGUGUCUUCUGCAAGGGAGUCUUAUGUUUAUUUUACUUCUCAGGAAUGUUAAUCUUUACUGUUGACUCUACCAGAUUUGAACUCACUUAGAAAACACACUUGUAAGCUUUCCUAUGAGUAAUUUUAGAGACGUUUAACUGAAGAAGAAGAGUCAGCUGACAAAGGAAUGUGGGCAGCACCAUUCCCUUUGUUUAGGUCCUGGACUGAAGAAAACAGAAAAAGAAAAAGAAAAAAAAAAAGGAAAAACCAUGCACUGAGCGAUGUUUGUUCAUGGCUGAUUGUGACACUUUGUGACCCAUCGCUUCGUGUGCUCACCUCUACAACUGUUACGGAGCCUGCAAACUCUGAGCUAAAGUGCAUAUAGGUGGUACUCGUUUCAUCUGUGACAAAUCAGCCACAGAUUUAGGGUGUGUGUGAGAGAGGGGGGAAGGAGGGAGGGAGGGAGGGAGAGAACCAAAUCUGCAGUAAAUAUUAAAUAAAUAUCUGUUAGAUGGA